UGGAGGAAGGGAAGCCAGGGGAAAGUCUGACACUCCGCGCAGAAGGAGCGAGACCCUCCGCCGCCGCCGCUGGGGAGGAGCCCGCGGCGCUCGCAACGCCUCCAAAAACCCGGCCACCAGGCUCACCCCGCACCGGGCUCAUCCCGCAUCUCGCCGCCGCUCCGGCUCCCCGGCAGAUGAAAUUUGGAUUGUUUGAAAAGAGGGGAGAUAUUUCACCAUAGUGCAAAAGAAGAAACAGAAGAAGAAAGCAGAAUGAGAGCUUCCCAAGUACCACAUGCCUGCAGCCUGUUAUCUUUAGUGAUGCUGUUCCUUCCAGUCACCGGAACGUCAAAACAAAAUAUCCCACGACUUAAGCUUUCCUAUAAAGACUUACUGCUUUCAAACAGCUGCAUCCCAUUCCUGGGCUCAACAGAGGGGCUUGAUUUUCGAACCCUGCUGCUAGAUGAGGAGAGGGGCCGACUGCUAAUCGGGGCUAAAGACCACAUCUUUCUGCUCAACUUGGUUGAUUUAAACAAAAAUGCAAAAAAGAUUUACUGGCCUGCAGCAAAAGAAAAAGUAGAACUAUGCAAAUUAGCUGGGAAAGAUGCCCAUACAGAAUGUGCCAAUUUUAUCAGGGUUCUUCAGCCCUACAACCGAACCCAUGUUUAUAUCUGUGGCACAGGAGCCUUUCACCCUCUCUGUGGAUACAUUGAACUUGGAACUCACAAAGAGGAAAUGGUGUUCCGGUUGGAUACUCAGAACUUGGAAUCUGGCAGGUUGAAAUGCCCUUUCGAUCCUCAGCAGCCAUUUGCUUCAGUGAUGGCAGAUGGGUAUCUUUAUGCUGGAACAGCUUCUGAUUUCCUUGGCAAAGACACUGCUCUGACACGUUCUCUGGGCCCUUCUCACGACCACCAUUACAUCAGAACUGACAUUUCUGAACAUUACUGGCUUACUGGAGCAAAAUUCAUUGGAACUUUUCCCAUCCCGGACACCUAUAACCCAGAUGAUGACAAAAUCUACUUCUUUUUCCGAGAAAUAUCGCAAGAUAGUGCCACGUCUGACAAAACAAUCCUUUCUCGAGUCGGGAGAGUUUGUAAGAAUGAUAUGGGAGGUCAAAGGAGCCUAAUAAACAAGUGGACUACUUUCCUGAAGGCCAGGCUAGUGUGUUCGAUACCUGGUCCUGAAGGAGCAGACACACAUUUUGAUGAGCUACAAGAUGUAUUCUUACUUUCUACAAGAGACGAGAGAAACCCACUUGUAUAUGGAGUCUUCACGACAACGAGCUCUGUCUUCAAGGGCUCUGCAGUUUGUGUGUACAGCAUGGCAGAUAUCAGAGCUGUUUUCAAUGGCCCUUAUGCUCACAAAGAGAGUGUGGAUCAUCGGUGGGUACAAUAUGAAGGUCGCAUCCCGUAUCCCAGGCCUGGUACAUGUCCAAGCAAAACCUAUGAUCCGCUCAUAAAGUCUACCAGAGACUUUCCUGAUGAGGUCAUUAGUUUCAUUAAGCGCCACCCCCUGAUGUACAAAUCCGUUUACCCAGUGACGGGAGGACCCGUGUUCACGCGAAUCAACGUGGACUAUCGUCUGACUCAGAUUGUGGUGGAUCAUGUCAUGGCAGAGGACGGACAAUAUGAUGUUAUAUUCCUGGGCACAGACAUAGGCACAGUCCUGAAAGUUGUGAGUAUCACGAAGGAGAAGUGGACUAAGGAGGAGGUAGUCCUGGAAGAGCUGCAGAUAUUCAAGCAUCCUUCGAUUAUCUCAACCAUGGAGAUUUCUCAGAAGCAGCAACAAUUGUACAUUGGUUCCAGGGAUGGAUUGGUUCAGCUCUCUCUGCACAGAUGUCACACGUAUGGGAAGGCUUGUGCAGACUGCUGCCUUGCCAGAGAUCCUUACUGUGCCUGGGAUGGAAACUCAUGUUCCAGAUAUGCCCCCACUUCUAAAAGGCGAGCCAGGAGGCAAGAUGUCAAAUAUGGAGACCCUGUUGCACAAUGCUGGGAUGUGGAAGACAGCAUUAGUCAUGAAACUGCUGAUGAAAAGGUGAUUUUUGGCAUUGAAUUUAAUUCAACUUUUCUGGAAUGUAUUCCUAAGUCCCAGCAAGCCUCUAUUAGGUGGUAUAUUCAGCGCUCUGGAGAAGAACAUCGAGAAGAGCUGAAGGCUGAUGAACGGAUCAUCAAAACAGAGCAUGGGCUGCUGAUCCGCAGCUUGCAAAGAAAGGAUGCAGGAGCCUAUUUCUGCAAAGCCCAGGAGCACACCUUUGUCCACACCAUUGUGAAGCUGAAUUUAAACGUCAUUGAGAACGGGCAAAUGGAAAGCACUCAGAAAACUGAGGACGAGGAAGGCCGGGUGAGGGAUUUGCUGACAGAGUCCCGGCUGAGGUACAAGGACUACAUCCAGCUCGUCAGCAGCCCCAGCUUUAGCCUGGAUGAGUACUGUGAACAGAUGUGGCACCGGGAGAAACGGCGGCAGCGGAACAAAGGUGGUGCCAAAUGGAAGCAUGUGCAGGAGAUGAAAAAAAAGCGAAACCGAAGGCACCAUGAGCCAGCCAGGCCACCUUCUACAUAGUUUGUAAAUGCUAUUUAAAGAAAGGACAUUUUCCAUGAAAAAAAUACUGUGUUCUGGUUUUGUGCAUCUUGCCUAUGGAUUAGUACUGCUUCUUAUUGAAAUCAGAUAACUCACCAUCACUAUUAAUCUGUGUGAGACUGUACAAUGGGAUUCAAUACCAAAUGAGAUGUUCCUUAUUGGAGUACCACACACCAGGCAAUAAUUUCAAAUGUAAUUUCAAAUGCAUUCAUUAAAAAGAAGCGAUGUACACUUCUAGCUAAUUUCUGGGUAGCCUGAGGCUACGUGAGCUGUGUUCUGUACUUGCUGCAUAAUUUUCACCUAGGAUUUAGCGUCCAUGUUCCCAUGUUAAUAUUUGCUGCCACAUUCCACCCCAGAGAUGGCUACAUUUCAGGGGAGGGCAGAUGUAUUUCUAGUUCUUUGGCAUCUUUCUCAAUAAGAGGCAUGGUAGAAAUGUGUGACAGAUCUGCAAAAAUACCUGCUAAUUUAUCCGUUGGGCCAGUAUACAAGCACAUGGGUGGUUUUGCCAGCAUGGAGAGGCUCAGCAAAAAAUCAAAUUAAGUAUUGGCUUAGGGACAACAUUCAUUCUCUACACAAAAAAAAAAAAAAUUAAAAAUAAAUUAACAAACAAUAGGAUUCCUGCCUGCACCUCUCCUAUCUCUCUAAAGGUUUGAUUCUGACUGUUUCUGGCCCGUUGCUAGCUGUGAUUUAUGCAGAGGAAAAGAAAAAUAAAAGACAACAAAGCUAAAAUGAAAGACGAUGAGGGAAAAUAUUUAGUGGUUGAGACCAAUGCUCUUGACACAGAGCUGACAUUCCUCAGAUGUGUGUAUUCUUUGGGAUUUUCUCCCAAAGGUCUUAUGUAUUUUUAAGUUGAAAAUUUGCAUUGUUGGAAUUAAUACUUUUAUUAUAAAUAAAUAAAACAAAAGAUGUCCAUGUGUAAAUAAAGUCUGUAAGGUAGAAAGUUGCUAUAUACCAUAGUUUCAUUUGUAAAGUAUUCCUUGGUUCAUGUUUUGGUUUUAAUAGUGUAAAUCUUUCCAUAUAAGCAAGAAACACUGGCUUCAUUUUUGUCUAUUUUGCAUCAAUGUGAUUUAAUUGAAAUUAUGCCUGAUAUGCAGCAACAAACACAAGCUCAAAAUCAGUCCUACUGUCUCUUCUCAUGAGUCACAACCCCCCUUUCCUCUCCUCCAUCUAACCUCCUUCCGCUUUGCCUUUCACGCCUUUUUGAGUGUGAAAUGACAAAUUAGCCACCUCCUCACAUGGAAGAGAGCUUUGAUGGAUACCAAAAUGACAGACUUUACUUGUUUCUCAUGCAUUCUACAGAUCUUGAGAGCAAUGUCUGUGGGAAACCCAUGUAAUUGGUGUGCACCUCAUUAAGGAACCAAAAAUGUUGGCUCUGAAAGUUGUAGAUUCACCCUUGCCCGUGCUGGUGUUUGUGUGCGCAUUCAGUCCCUGAUCAAGAAUUGUGGAGAUCUAAUUUGCAUCAUUGUUCAUUUCCUCUCUGUUGAAAGUUUGAUAUGGCAAAGUCUUUGUCAGAUUUCAGAAAGGAAUUUCAGCUUACCCACAUUUCUUGUAAAACCUGAAAGCUGAGUUUGCAUGUGUUAUAUAAAAGCCAGCAAUACCAUAUGUCAUUAAUUUUAGAUGCUUUUUUAAUAGGAGAUGUAUAAGGUAAUUAGGAGAUAUUAGAUAGCAUGUGUAUAAUGCUUUGAUAGUGUAAAGCACUGAGUGCUAAAUAUUAUAAAAUAUGUCUGCAGGGAGGAGGGAAUUUCUCAGCACAGGACCUUUAAUCAGCAGAGAGACUGAUGCUAAAGAUACUAACCAGUCAUACAGUACUUUGAGAACAUGCAGAGGACAUUUAGGCGCUUUUGCUGCAAAAUAACAUAGGCCAAGCAUUUCACAAGAGGGUACUUUGAUUUUAAGGCUAAUUAAGAGUACUUAAACAAUGUAUGGGGAAGUUAAACUACUACAUUUAAAGCACCCUAAGACAGGGAUACUCAAUACUCCUGGCUGGAAGGUUAUGCUGUCACCAUAUAGAAUCUGCCCAAUUACUCCUUAUUAGGUUUUUAUAAGUCCACCAAGUCCCAUUUCUCUGAUUUGGACAUUAAGUAAAUGAGUGGAACCACGCCAAGGCUGUGGGAUGACAGGUGGUCCAUAAUUGUAUGCACUGACUAAGGGCCUUCUCCUCUGCCCAUGGUGAUGCAGUAUUUCAAUUAUCCCAUUUCAGACAACUCUCAUCACGUUUGCCUACUUCAUAAACAGGCAGAUCAAUUCCUUCUUCCAUAUUUUUUUCUCCUCCAUGAAAACUAUAUCAUCUGAUUGAUGUUUAGAUAUGAUUGGAGGUAUAUAUUCUACAAAUUAACUUACCCACUGGCUUUAGUAGAAGUCUGGGAUGACUAAGGGUCUCAGUGCUGGGAGCAUUAGAUUUAAAUGGUUUAAUUAAAAUGUUAUUACUCUUAAAA